UCAUGUGUUGUUGGCAGUUUUGUCAACACGUAUUUCACCAUUCGUAAGAGGAUUUAAUUUUCCAUUACAUAUAUCCAUAUCUAAAGUGAAACAGUUCGAAAUUUAAAAUAUAAAACACAAUGGCUACAAGUGAUAGUGAGGACUUUGAGAGUGCAGAUGAAGGUCAUGGAAGUCCAGACAAGAAACAAAGAAAGAAACGCUUGUCCUCUUCAAAUUACAGCGACAACGCAUCGGAAACAGAACAAAAAGUUUCGAAUACUCCUAAAGAAUCUAGUAAUGUUAAACAUGUUGAGGAUAAAGUGAAAGAAACCGAUGGUUGGGAUGACUUUGACAUUGAUGACAAUGAACCCGAACCCACAUCGGUAAAAAGUAAUGCACAGAAGCAGAAUAAACUAGAAGAUAAGCCUAGCAAUGUAAAGGAGAGCAAAAAGUCUCAGGAUACUGGCUGGGAUGACUUCGAUGAUUGGGGAGAGGAUGAUGCCUCGACCAAUGUACAAAAGCCAGAACCGAAGCCAGUUCAUCCUAAACCGCAGCCAGCUCAAAGCCAAAAACCAGAGCCUAACAUUCAGGAGGUGACAGACAGACUGGCUGCAGCGUCCACUGGUGGUGGUGGGUGGGGGUGGGGCUGGAGUGUGGACUCCUUGCUGAGCAGCGCCACUGCUGGUAUCAGUACUAUCACCAGUCAAGUUUCACAGGGAAUAUCAACAGUCCUAGAAACGGGAAUAGGUGCUCCUGACCCAGAAGAAUUAGCCAGAAGGUCAGUAAAGACCAAUGAGACCAAAACCGAUAGAUCUGCGCCUGCGCCGGAAGCUGACAAAAGGCCUGAAACAGGAAGUGAACAAGAAGCCAGUGCUGGAGACGCUGCAUUCCCAUUCGGAAGUCUUUUAUCUGGUGUUACCAAGUUUGUUGAAACUACUGGUACAAAAGUAAUACACGGUGGCCUAGACACUUUAGAAACUAUAGGCAAGAAGACGAUGGAAGUUCUGCAAGACGGUGACCCUGGCCUGGCCAAGAAACGGGCCAUGCUUGGCCUAGGAGCUGGGGAUAAGCCAGUCCUUUCCCAAGUGCUGAGAGAGGCCAAGGCUAAAGCUGAGGAGGAAGAUAAAGUUAGAGAGGAAAAGAGAGAGGCUAAAGAGGUUCAUUAUGAAAACCUCUUUGAUGAUUUUGAAGGCCUAGUCCACUUAGAAGCGCUGGAGAUGUUGUCUAGACAAGUCAGUAUGCGCAUAGAGGAGCGGAUACGUAGUGUGGACCUAGAAAAGAGGCAGGACAUCAAGGAGACGCUGCAGCAAGUCGCUGAACUGUGUGAAAUGCCGGAAGAAGAUGAUGAUUACGAGGAAUCUCCAAGCGAAGAUCUGUCCAAGCCGGACGCUUUCCAUGAACGGCUCCAGACUGCUACACAGGACUUAGGACUCAAGCUGCAGUUCCAGGCACUGGUCAAGCAAUACACAGAAGUCCUAACCUACCUAUCAUCUCCGGAGGCUGACUCAGUGAAGUCUGUGUACAAGCGAGGAGUGUCGAGCCUGGCACAAGGAACUGCUUUAUCAGUGGAACAGUACCAUAAGGCCGCUGAGAUGCUCCUCGUUAAGACUCGAAGAUCCACUGCUGAUGAGGCUGAUGCGUUGACACAAAUGACAGUGGUGCUUACAAAACACAUUAGUGAGCUGGCAACACUCUUCACUGAGAAGCUGAACGCACUACCAUCUGACAAUAAGGAACAAGUCAACACAUACAUCACCAAUAUAUUCCUUGAGGCUGGCAACAGUUCGACAUACAUACAGAAUGCGUUCCAGUUAGCGUUACCUAUACUACAAAUAGGUGCUGUGUAAAUUAAACAAUUUUUGUAUAAUAAGUAGACACUGAUCAAAAAUUAAAUUCCCUACUUACAAAUAGAUAGUAAACAACGAUGCUGCUACGGUAAAUAACUGCUUUCCAUUAGACGGAAUGUAGGCUCUAACUUAUUUCCAAAAUUCACAAAAAUAAAGUAUCGCAAUAAUAGUCACUAAAUAAGUGGUUAAUAUGAAUAAAAUAUUAUCCAAGUAUAUAUUCCAAUUAUAGUGAGAUGGUACCUACCCAAGAAUAAUUUUGAUAGUGAACAAAAUUUUAAAUUUGUUCUACAACUACCCAGAAAAAACUCCAAAAGCAAUAAUAGUAAAUCAAUCUGAGUAGAGCAUUUUUGAUCAGUGUUGUAUAGAUACUUGUGAUAUUGUAAAAUGUUGUUAUAAAUAUGUGUGGUUCAAAGUUUAUUCCUAAAUGUUUGAGAGUUUAGAAAGGGUUUUAUUACAAAUCAAUUGUUAGCUGUAUAAAGAUUAGCUUUUACCAAGUGCGCAAAUAAAGGCAAUUAAUGUAUAAGUUCUACCAUUCCACACUAAUAAAUAUUAUUUUUUACUUGCGCAAAAUUCUUUAUGUUGCGCUAAACUGCGCAAAAUUCCUUGUUGCGCUAAAUUGGAUAGAAUUCUUUGUUGCGCUAAAAUGCGCAAAAUUCCUUGUUGCGCUAAAUUGCGCAUAAAUAACUCUUAAUGACGUAUACCUUAUUGUUAUGUGCUAUAGGCUGCUCUCUACUUUUAUCUUUCUUGUAAAUUUAAAACAUUCCCUAAUUUUUUGUCGUAUUUUAUCUAAUUUAACUCUUCUUUCAACUCAGUAGGUACCUUACCCUCAAAUGCAUGCUGACAAUUGAUUAUAAUAUUAACUUUAUAAUAUAUCACUUCUAAUAAAUUGUUCAAAUCUUGGGUCUAAAAAUAAAAUGUUCAUGUAAAAUACUUAUAUCACUAAAUAUUAAUAUAUUAUACGUGAAGAAAUGGCGAAUUUUCUCGAAAAUCUAUAAUAAAAGUUUUAUUAUUUACAUAUUAUACUUAUGUAUAU